CUCCACACACUCUUCUGUGGAGCUUUGUGAGACUCUGAUGCAAAGAGMGGCUCCAGCCAAUCAGGAGCCAGAGGCCGGACAGAUAUUUAAAUGAGCCGUCCUUAUAUGGGCAUGGCCCCGCCCCUCUCCCGCUCCACGCGGUCCCACAGGAUGCUCGGAGCGUCGAACCCGGGAGAAGGAGCUCUCCUCCGGGACAGCGGAGCCAUAAAGAGCCGGGGAGGGAGGGGAGGAGCUGCCCACUCCCCCCCUGCUGUCCCCCCGGACCCGCAGCCCGCCUCGGUCCGUCUCUGCUCCUUCUUCUUCAUUUCAUCCCGCUCCUUUUUCAAGCUGCGUCCGUUUUUAUCCCACUUUUCUCCGCUUUGUUUGUUUGUCCUCCUGCGCGGCUCGGUUCGGUUCUCCCUGUCCGGCCCGGUUCUGCUCGGUUCUCCCUCUCCUCUCCUUUUACUUCACACGGAGGUUUUAAAUCGCCGAACCGCGGCGGGGAUCUAAAGAAGCCCAGAGGAAUCCGGGGCUCUUCUCUGGAUUUGGACCCGGUACUUUGGGGAAGCUGACUCCUGUGUCCCCCCUCCCCUCCUCCUCCUCCUCCUCCUCCUCCUCCUCAUCACUCCUCUCCUCCACCUUAAUCCAGGUGGUCCUCUGGCUGCUUGAGUGGCUCUUUCAGGGAGGAUUAUUCUUCAUCUCGACUCGGUUCUGAAGCUCCCAGAAGGACGUGUUGAUGUUCUCCAUCCAGGACGGCCUCCCCCGGGGGGCCCUGACCAUGAAGGAGGAGCCGCUCCCCACCGGCAUGACCCCGGUCCGCUCCUGGAUGCACGGGGUGGGCUUGGCUCGAGCCCACUUUGAGAAGCAGCCUCCGUCCAACUUGAGGAAGUCCAACUUCUUCCACUUUGUCCUGGCGCUGUACGACCGGCAGGGCCAGCCCGUCGAGAUCGAACGCACCGCCUACGUGGACUUCGUGGAGAAAGAAAAGGAGCCGAGCGGGGAGAAAACCAACAACGGGAUCCACUACAAACUGCAGCUUCUCUACAGCAACGGCGUCAGAACCGAGCAGGACCUGUACGUCCGCCUCAUCGACUCCAUGACCAAACAGGCCAUCAUCUAUGAAGGUCAGGACAAGAACCCAGAGAUGUGCCGAGUUCUGCUCACACACGAGAUCAUGUGCAGUCGGUGCUGUGAUAAGAAGAGUUGCGGCAACAGGAACGAGACCCCUUCAGACCCAGUCAUCAUCGACAGGUUUUUCCUCAAGUUCUUCCUGAAGUGUAACCAGAACUGCCUGAAGAAUGCAGGGAACCCUCGGGACAUGAGACGCUUUCAGGUGGUUGUGUCAACUACAGUAAGCGUUGAGGGUCAUGUCCUGGCCGUGUCGGAUAACAUGUUUGUGCACAACAACUCCAAACAUGGGCGCCGAGCUCGAAGACUGGACCCCUCAGAAGGGACACCGUCCUACCUGGAACAUGCAACUCCCAGCAUCAAAGCCAUCAGUCCCAGUGAAGGCUGGACCACAGGGGGCGCUACAGUCAUCAUCAUUGGGGACAACUUUUUUGACGGCCUCCAGGUCAUUUUUGGAACCAUGCUAGUUUGGAGUGAGCUGAUCACUCCCCAUGCGAUCCGUGUGCAGACUCCACCCAGGCACAUCCCAGGGGUGGUGGAAGUCACGCUGUCCUACAAAUCCAAACAGUUCUGCAAAGGCACACCUGGACGCUUCAUCUACACAGCACUGAAUGAGCCAACAAUAGACUACGGCUUCCAGAGAUUACAAAAAGUCAUCCCUAGACACCCRGGAGACCAAGAAAGAUUACCAAAGGUACAGUACCUCUACUCCUCUUAUGUAGCUUUGCUUUUAGGAGCUGCCAAAAAAAAGUUUCAAAUAAAGAUUUGUCUCAUGACUACUGGAAGAUAUCGAGACAUAUUGAAAAACUUCUCGAGUUUCAUAGCAUGYGUGGAUACAAAAGACGAAGGGCAGCGUGACCUCACGCACAGAGGAGUUAACUGCGUUGAGGAGACAGCAGACCGUAAACAUUUCCACCAAUGUAAAUGCUCCUUUUUCUGUUACAGUAAACAGCUUAGUUGAACAAUAAAUGCACACCCUGUUCUUUCUUCCAUUGAGCGUAAGGUCAUUUUGACUGGCAAAGUGGGAGAGGAACGAGGAAAAGAGGGAGGAAAGGAGGUUGAGGGAAGAGGGGAAGAGAGAGGCAGAAGCAGGUUAGGUGAUCCAUCAUAGCUGUCCGGUCUUACCUCCUGCUGGGUCAGUGGAUCGAAGUCAACCCCGGGUGGACUUUAUUACUUUCAGCACACAUCCACAAGGCAGCACACACUCGUAGAAACACACACACACUUCUUCAUGUCUKCGGGUGCACACUCAGUGGUGAGAAGUCACCAUGUGGUAGAGAUGAAGCGCCCAGGCAGAUGUAGAGGGAAGCUAAAGAGAUCRCUUGUCCUCUCUGAGUGUCUGUUGGAUGUGAGACUUGUCCCGRUGAGUUCUGGUCUUUAGCCUAUCARCCCMCUCCUGUACACCUCUAAAUGUCUWCGAAUCUAUCCAUCUCUUUCCUCUCCUCUCAGGUUUGGUGGUGUCUCUUUCUCCUYUAAAUGAACAGCGGUAGCUGGCAGGCCUGGUUGUUCAUUUCGGCUCUAUUGAUUUGUGCCUUUAUUGAGGCAAUAACACUUUGUUGACCACACUUCGCCCAAGUGUCGGCCUCAAUCAUUCGAGAAAGGUGGGGUGCACACUGGCAACUUCUGGAUCUGCAAAUGUCCAUUCAAAGCUACCUUGGCAAAACCCUUUCACUGCAGUUGUUUCUCCUGCUAGUUUGGCACCGCUUGUGAUGAGUAUCCUUAUCCUUCGUGCUUUUAAAYACUUCUUUUUCACAUUUAAGUCAUUCAGUUGGAGUCUAUAUAAAGUGCAACUGCAAUGCUUUGGUCUAAAUUCCUCCUUAUUGUAACUCCACAAGCCCCUGUUCCACCCCUUUCCUGACAUAUUUCUCAGAUCAACUCAUUUUGAYGCUGCCUCKUCAAAUCCGAACAAGGCGCUUCACACACGCACAGCUUCCAGAGCGGUCCAUUCUAGUUGACAGAGGRGUUUACGACUAUAUAGCUGCUCAGAAACGUUUUAUAUACAAAUGAAUUAAAAGWUGUCAACAAUGGAARACUUGUCCAUCCAGCAUUGCAUGUUGGAGCCAGWGUCUGACCCAGAGCAAGAGGUGGAURAAGACRAUGAAAUUGUACUAAUUUGGCAAUYCCGUCGCAAAUAAUUGGACUUAAUUGUUCCAAAGAAAAUAAAGAAGACUCAACGGGUUGAAAAAUAUGAACCAAAAAGAAWAUAAAGAUAUCUUUGCAGCACUGGGAGAGACUAAAUUAAACAUUUCUACACUCCUAGAGAAUCCAYGUAGACAGCAAAAGGUAUUCAAGGCCUAAAAAAGUGGAUUUUGCAUGAUAUGUCCCCUUUAACAAACCU